AUGGAGGGAAAUGCAUUUGUUCCAACUUGGAAGAAACAGAACAUGAGCCAAAACGAGCAAGUGGUUCGAAAAUUUGAAGAAGUCGUUGCAAGAGAUAAUAUUAAAAGCUCUGAAGUUAUCAAAGAGGCGCAACUAAUCCUGGAGACGGCGCUCUCUGCCCCUGUUCCCGACACUGAACUCAUAAGUGCUACCACCCUGAAGCUUGAAAAAGCCUACAUUGAGGAGGAAGCAUAUUGGAAGCAACGCAGUCGUAUCCUCUGGCUUCAAUGUGGCGACCGAAACUCCGGUUUCUUCCAUGCUAUCACUCGAGGCAGGCGACAAAUCAAUAACUUCUCCAUUCUAGAGGACGAUGAGGGCAAAGUUUUUGAUACGGAGGAGGGGAUAGUGGCUACUAUCUCCAAUUAUUUCCGGCAUAAUUUCACUUCGUCGGGGGCAGAGUGUCUUGAUACUGUUAAUGAAGCUCUGAAUCCAUGUAUCACGCAGGAAGACAAUGACAGACUUAUUGCCAUACCGGACAGAACUGAAGUUUAUGAUGCUGUGUUCGCUAUUCACGCCGACAAAGCCCCGGGACCCGAUGGGUUCUCCGCUGGCUUCUACCACUCCUUUUGGAACACCGUUGGAGAAGAUGUCUAUCAGGAUAUUCGUGAGUUCUUCGAGACGGGCUACCUCCACCCUAGGCAGAAUGAAACUCAUGUCCGCCUCAUCGCAAAGAUCUCUGGCCCGCGGAAGGUUGCGGAUUUCCGCCCCAUUGCGCUAUGUUCUACCCACUAUAAGAUCAUAGCUAAGAUUCUCACCAAACGACUCCAACCUUUGCUACCGCGAAUCAUCUCUCCCCAUCAGUCGGCCUUUGUUCCAAAACGAGCCAUUGGAGAUAAUGUUCUCAUCACCCACGAGAUUCUUCAUUUCCUUCGUACCUCCAAAGCCAAAGUUCGAUGUUCCAUGGCUAUCAAAACGGACAUGAGCAAGGCUUACGAUAGGAUUGAGUGGUCUUUCUUGGAAGCUGUUUUGCGAAGAUUGGGCUUCCAUGAUCGAUGGAUCUCUUGGAUUAUGGUCUGUGUGACCUCUGUCUCCUAUUCUUUUCUGAUUAAUGGAGCUCCGCAAGGCAAGGUGAUGCCGUCUAGAGGCAUCCGGCAGGGUGACCCUUUGUCCCCAUACCUUUUCAUCCUGUGCACGGAAGUUUUGUCGGGGUUAUGCAGUAAUGCCCAGGUCUCGGGAAUCCUGCCAGGAGUAAAGGUGGCCCGCAACUGCCCCCCGAUCAAUCAUUUACUCUUCGCGGAUGACACCAUGUUUUUUACCCGAACUGAUCAAGAAAGCUGCAACAAUUUCCUGGCGAUUUUGGCAAAAUAUGAGCGAGCCUCGGGACAGUGUAUUAACCCCACCAAGUCGUCUAUCACUUUCUCCUCCAAGACUCCGCUACCGGCAAAGAACAGAGUUAAAUCUUCACUGUCCAUUGAGAAAGAAGGUGGUAUCGGGAAGUACCUCGGCCUCCCGGAACAUUUUGGUAGACGGAAACGAGAUAUCUUCAAUAGCAUUCUUGACCGUAUCCGACAAAAGAUUCUUGGCUGGUCUACGCGAUUUCUCUCAGGAGCAGGUAAAGAGGUGCUCCUAAAAUCCGUGCUUACUGCCAUUCCCGCUUAUGCAAUGUCGUGCUUUAUGCUACCAACCUCGCUGUGCAAGCAAAUCCAAUCCCUCCUUACUAGAUUUUGGUGGGACUCUAAGCCCGAGGUUCGGAAAAUGUGCUGGGUUGCAUGGUCUAAACUCACAUUGCCGAAGAACUUAGGUGGUAUGGGCUUUAGAGAUAUCAAGUGUUUCAACCAAGCACUCCUGGGUAAGAUAGCUUGGCGCCUAAUCCGAGAACCUAACUCUCUCCUGGCGCAAACUCUAUUGGGGAAGUACUGCCAUGCUGAACCCAUCCUGAACGGCCCAUGCACCUCUAAUGCUUCUCACGGCUGGAGGGGAAUUCUUUGGGGUUGUGAGCUUCUGAAAUUGGGACUCGGAUGGAGCGUGGGAAAUGGCUCUCAGAUCCAAGUAUGGGCUGACCCGUGGCUAUCACCCACAGCUCCAGUUGCGCCCAUUGGACCUCCUCCUUCCCCUGCAAGUCAACUAUUAAAGGUCUCUGAUCUCAUUGAUCGUAACACGAAGGACUGGGACCUUAAUGCUAUCAGACAGCACUUGCCUCUGUAUGAGGAUCGUAUUCUUGAAAUCAUCCUGAGCUCUCUUAACAAACCUGACGAACUCUCUUGGCUACCAGAAACAUCCGGCUGCUAUACUUCAAGAUCAGGUUAUGCUUUGGCUCGUAAAGCUCAGUUAAAUGAAGUCACUGUCCAGUACCCGUGGCGCAAGUGUAUCUGGAACCUGCACACUUCGCCAAAGAUCAAGAAUUUCCUAUGGCGGACGACUAAUGGAGCGUUACCAGUGGGAUCGACCUUACUGAUUAGGGGACUACAGGCUGAAGCAAAAUGCAAGAGAUGUGGGGAACUUGAGACUCCACUUCACCUAUUCCUUACAUGUCCCUUUGCUGCCCAAGUUUGGGAUUUAGUUCCGGCUUUACAUAAACCGGUUGCAGGUACGAUUGCUUCAAUGAGGGAGCUCCUGAGCAAUAACUCUCGCAUGGUCAACCUACCACCUACUGGACUGGGACUCUCACCUCUCUUUCCAUGGAUAUACUGGUUGCUAUGGAAGAACCGGAACAGACUAGUAUUCGAAGGAAAAUCCUUUACUGCAGUUGAACUGGUCACUAAAGCUUUAAAAGAAGCUCGAAGCUGGGAAGAAGCCACUGCAGCAGACAAAGUUCCUCCUCCUACUUAUCCACCACGACCCCGGUUCCCUGCCCCCCAGACCUCUACAGCUUUCAACUGCUUCACUGAUGGAGCUUGGGAUCCAAUCUCCGGUAACAGUGGACAGGGCUGGGUCUUUGUGGAUCCCUCAGGUGUCGAGGUAAGACACCACUUCUCAAACCGACUCCAUGUUGCUGCGCCCAUCGUGGCGGAAGCUCUUGCGGUAAAGGCUGCACUUCUAGAUGCGGUCACUCAUGAUUUCACUCAGCUGAACCUGUUCUCUGACUCGAAGUCUCUCGUCAAUCUCCUCAACUCCUCCUCGUCUACAGUCUUACUUAACAGUUUGCUGUUUGAUAUCAGAGCUUUGAGUUGCAGAUUUGACUCUAUCUCGUUUUCAUUUAUUCCUCGUUUAAACAAUGCCUCUGCAGACUCUUUGGCUAAGAUUGCUUUAAGCCGUGUUGUAAGCCCCCCUUUUGGGGCGUAA